AUGUCAGCUCUUAGGCCAGCUUGGGGUAAUCCGAAAGGAUUAGUUGCAAAACCAGUAGCAGAGAAUACAUUCAUUGUUGAAUUUGCUUCCCCAAUAGACAAGGAAAGGGUUAUAGAUGGGGCUCCUUGGACAGUAGGAAAGCAUGCAGUUUUACUGAAUGAAUUUGUUCAGACAUUGAAACCAUCAGAGGUGGCUUUUGACAGAAUAAUGUUAUGGGCAAGGAUAAUGAACCCUCGGUUUGAACUGAUGAAUAAAACUUGGGGACAGUCUCUGGGGGGCAAGCUUGGUAAGGUGGAGAAAUUCGAUGUGGAUGAACAAGGUAGAGCAUGUGGUAAUUGCUUACGGGUUAGAGUCUCAGUCAAGGUAGCACAACCUUUGAGGAGAUGGGUCACGGCAUACUCACAGAAACACCAAGCAACAGAAAUAUAUGAGGUUAGAUAUGAAAGACUACCUCACUACUGUUUCUCCUGUGGCAUCAUUGGUCACUCCUCACUAGAAUGUCCAACACCAGGAGAGAGAUAUAAGGAUGGAAAACUACCAUACAAUGCUGAUAGAUUGUGUGUCAAAGAGGAUAAAAAGAAGGGUUUUUCAGUGUCCAAAUCUGGACAAAGUUCCCAGUCAAGCGGCAGAAGCUCAUAUUAG